AUGACUCCAUUCAUGGUAGCGGGUACGGGUAUGGGCUUGGCAGUGAGAAACCUGAGAUGGUGGAGCUUGGCUGUGGGAGUUUCUAACCUGGCGGUGGUUCUAAUGGGUGGCCUCCUCAUCCUCCGAACUCACCACCUCUGUCCUCGUCGUUUCCUCCUUCCAUUCCUCUUCGUUUCCCUUGCCGCUCCCAUUAGGGUUGUAGUCAUGUUCCAAACCGCGUUCGCCCAACAAGCCGCUGCCACCCUCAUUCUUCAAGACUCCAACGAUCUCCUCAUACGCCUCCGCAGACGGGCCAUGUAUAAGAAAUGGCUCUGCUGGAAUCGAUGUUCCGCUGUUGUUAUCGUCCUUCAAUCUCUCUUUGCGCUUUUCCUUUUGCUCGACUCUACGCGCCACUCGUCCACCUCCAAUCAUUGUCUUUUAGAUUCCCCAUGGAACCACGGCUUUUUAGCUAUAUUCAUCAUUUUCGUCUCUUUCCUUGCCGUACUCCAGUGCUUCACGGGAUCCGAUGUUAUCAAAUGGAGGUCUUUCUACGAGGCCCGCGAUCACGCUUGGAAAUCUCACUAUAGCGAGGUCUUCGACAAUGGCAUACCCGAAGAAGAUGAAGUCUAUUCAGUUGCACGAUUACUAGGUGAUCUUGUCGCUUAUCGUGCUUCCGGAACUGGCCAUCUGGAACUCUUGGCAGCUUUAGCUUUACUUCAAAACCAUGAAAAAUCUACAGAAUCCUAUGAAGAAUCCAUGGAAGCACCAGAGAUGAGAAUUAAGGAAGCUGAAGCUCUUCAUAAAUUUGCUGAAGCUGCUUACACAGGUCCAUUGCUUGAUGUUGGACGAAAUCCAUUUGUAUUUCCUUGUGCAUGGUUGUAUAGACAAGGGGUUUUCUCUCCUUGGACACGAAACAGGUGGCAUUUUUUUGGAUAUUCAGUUUUAAGACGACCUAUACUGGAUGGGGAUAACUGGUGGAGAGGUCAUGCUGCGGCCUUUCUAAAGUACACCAAUUUGCCUCCAGAAGUGCUUAGACAGGGGCGAGUGAACCAGGUCAAGUGUGAAGCUGCAUAUUUUGUUGUGGUUCUACAUCAUCUACAAUCUGUAGUAAUUGCUAUACGUGGAACUGAAACCCCAGAGGACCUAAUAACUGAUGGGUUAUGCAAGGAAUGCUCCCUUUCUGCGGAUGACUUGGCUGGCUUGAUCAACUUGUGCCCUAAGAAUGAGGAGACAAAGUGGGAAGCUUAUGGAGGCAUAGUUGAAGCUGCACGAGAGCUUUUUAUGCAGAUUGAAGGACAUCCUGAAAGGCCUGACUCUGAAUCUUAUGGACUUCUUUCUAAAUUACUGGGAUUUGGUUGUGAAUGCUUUGGGUAUAAUGUCCGCAUAGUUGGGCAUUCGCUUGGGGGCGCUAUAGCUGCAUUGCUUGGACUGCAAGUGUUCAUGAAAGUCUAUUAUGAAAAGAAUAUAUAUGAAAAACGAAUGUUCUUUGCUUCCUUAGAAAAUAAGAUUGUAGAUGCAAAUAUGAAACUGGCUUGCAUCAUAUUUGGAAAUGAAUUUUCAUCACGCCUUUCAAUUGGAUCCGUUAUGCGGCUAAGGGCAGCUGCAAUCACAUCACUAUCACAAGAUCCUAAAGCAGAUAGUGCCAUGAUUUUCAGACUUGCUCGUAGGUUUCUAUACCUAAGCAAAUAUCAGAGAAAUAAGACCAAGGCUGAGGAUGAAUCCGAGUAUCAUUCAGGGGCUAUCCAGGAUAAUCUAAACCAUCAAAUCCGCAGAAGUCAGUGUGAUACUGAUAAUAAAGGUGCUUUAUCUAAAAAGAUUUCCAUUAUUGAAGCAGGCAGCAUUGAACAAGAGCUUCAUAAUAUUAAAGGGAACCUUGUUAUAUCGAACUAUGGCGAAUACGCGUCUUUUGAAAGUGAAGAUUGCCUCAACAAUGAGCAUGAAGAAUGUUCACUUUGGUCUGACGCUAGGGCAAGGGAUCAUAUUGUGGGAAUUGAUAAUGCCAGAUUUACAAAUGCUUUUGCUAAAGAUGCACGUUCAAUUGAUGAUCCAGUGUCUCAGUUUAUAGAUACUGUUCCAGAUUCUGAAAAUCCGUCUUCCAAUGACCCCCCAGAGCUGUAUCUACCUGGUUUCGUGAUUCACAUUGUACUGGAGAAGAAAAGAUCUCAAACUGAUCUUAGAACAUCGUGGAGAAUGCAAGAGAGGGAAAAAUGUUAUCGAGCUUACAUCGCAGAUAGAGAAAGCUUCAAAGAUAUUAUUGUCUCACCAUCAAUGUUCCUUGACCAUCUUCCUUGGAGGGGAAAGCUUGAUUCAAUGAAAUCAAAUAUUCAAAUAAAAUCUAAAGUGAGCGAAAGUUUGGAGUGGCAUGGUGAGGUUUUGGCAAAGCAGGGUGAUUACUUUGCGGUGAGACACCAGGAUGAUGUCGUCUAUUUGAGCAGGCAUAGUGUCUAUUCACAAGUCACAGCUUUUGAGUUGCAGUGA